AUGGCCUCGUUCCACUCCGUCCCCGUGUGGGGCGUGCGUCACAGUGCGAGCCCGCCACCACAGUGUCCCUUCGCGUGCAUUUUCACGCGUGGCCGCGUCUGGCCUCGUGCGGAGCAUCAUCUCACCAGCAGGCCCCCAGGGCUCCUCUUCACGUGCACCCCCUCUCCCCGCAGCUCCGGUGUGGGCGUGGCUCUGCAGGGUCGAAGUGUCCAUUCGAGCGCGGCCGGUGACAGCCCCAGCAGCACCCAGCCCGCUGUGUCCAAGGCUGGAGCCGUGGUCCCCAAACCCACCGCGCUUCCCAGCAGCCGGGGCGAGUAUGUGGUGGCCAAGCUGGACGACCUCAUCAACUGGGCCCGCCGGAGUUCCCUGUGGCCCAUGACCUUCGGCCUGGCCUGCUGCGCCGUGGAGAUGAUGCACAUGGCCGCGCCCCGCUAUGACAUGGACCGCUUCGGCGUGGUCUUCCGCGCCAGCCCGCGCCAGGCGGACGUCAUGAUCGUGGCCGGCACGCUCACCAACAAGAUGGCACCGGCCCUGCGCAAGGUCUAUGACCAGAUGCCGGAGCCUCGCUACGUCGUGUCCAUGGGCAGCUGUGCCAACGGAGGCGGCUACUACCAUUACUCGUACUCCGUCGUGAGGGGCUGUGACCGCAUCGUGCCCGUGGACAUCUACGUCCCAGGUAGGCCCGCGCGGCCCCCGCGGCAGAGCCCUGCCCACACCCUCCCGCUCCACGGGGCACCUGCACUCCAGAGACAAGCCCGUGGUCGCGCGCCGGUCGCCCAGCUCCGGGCUGCAGGGCCGUCCUGCGGGGCGCUCACGGGCGUGCCCGGCGUCCACCCGCGCUUCCAUCUGCGGACGGGGCCCAGCGGGCCCUCCCACCCACCGUCACCGCGGUCUUGCCUGCAGCCGCCGCUGCAGCCGCCAUCCCCUCCCGGGAGACGAGUUCCGGGAAGUAGCGGAGGUGCAGGCGUGGGAAGGGGCGCCUCCACCCGGCGUGACCCCGCGCCGGGCGUGGCCUUUGCCCACGGUUGA